AUGGGGAUAGUGCCAGUUCUAUACCUGAUAUCGAUAUUUGGUAUAACGUCGUUGUCAUGGUUACCAUCUGUGUCAGGGUACAGUUCUGGGGCUGCCAAUCAAGCCUGCCCUAACCUACAGCCGUGGCACUCUGGGACACGACCCAGUACCUCACCUGCACCCUUCAUCAUCAGCGUCUCCAAAACUACGUACGCACCGAGGGACCAGAUCACAGUGACUAUACAAGCGUGUCCCGGAUACAGCUUUAAAGGAUUCCUAAUACAACCUCGACUUGUCCAGUAUUACGAACAGGAUGUUAAAGUCGGCGUGUUUGGUAACUACCUCAACUCUCAGUUCAAGUACGCGUGUCCAGAUACCAGACUGGGAACGCGUGGACAAGCUUUAACCCACGUAGAGGCUUCAGACAAGACAUUGAUGAGAUUUGUGUGGCAAGCUCCACAGGUACCACAGGGUCAUGUGCUGUUUAGAGCCACGAUCCUGCAGCAGUUCAGUACGUAUUGGAUGGGCGUGAGUUCCCCAGUUGUGUAUGACCAAUUCAGUAAUGUUCGUCUGUCUCGUCAGCAACUCUUAACACUGACCACCCCACGGUCAACUGCAUGUAACCAGCUUUUCAACUCUACAACUUCAACAACUACAACUACAUCCACCACCACCACCACCACUACCACUACCACCACGACAACACCGAAACCCACGACCACCACAACAACUCCAACUACUACUACCACUACAACACCGACCACCACCACGCCUACUACAACCACCACUACCACUCCGACAACCACCACAACAACGCCCACUACUACGACUACCACUCCAACUACCACCACUACAACCCCUACCACCACCACUACAACCCCUACUACCACUACAACUCCAACAACGACGACGACUCCUACAACAACCACAACCACAACGCCUACUACCACGACGACCAGGCCCACUUCCACUCCAGACAUUGCUGAUCCAGGGGCAAUAUGGAUACGUCCAGACAUGAGCUGCAAUGUUACCAGAGGCUGCCAUCAUGACUGUAGGGGGCGCUACUGUACCUUCAUCAUUGGUUGGGUAGACACAGGCAAUUCCAUUGAUUUCGAAAUAAAAGCUGCGGUCAAGGAAAGAGGCGAUAAAUGGAUAGCCAUUGGGUUCUCCUACGACCGCAAUAUGGGAUCCGACAGCGUGACAGAAUGUGUGACGACUUCCGGUUACGUCAGUGUGUUCCAAUCUUUCAACAAGGACACACGUGUAAACUCCAGGCUAAGGAAUCCAAAGCUGGGUAUAAGUAACGAAGGAGGAUCCUUUGUGGAUGGUGUAUUUACCUGUCGUUUUACACGACAGAAGAUUGUUACCUCUGAUUCAUCCGUGUAUGACCUAAACAGAGACUGGCACAUCUUAUUUGCUCAUGGUACAGCGAUGGCGGAUGCGUUCAGCGGUAGAGGAAUGAAGCUCCCUCACAUUUACAACCCGGCGCCCUAUGCCUCUCUCGAACCUGUGGAUUUUCAGCGAUAUCUACGCUGGGUGACAACAACUACAACAACAACAACGACGACUACAACCACGCCUGCCCCAACUACUACAACACAAACUACAACCACCACAACUACAACACAGCCUAGCACUUCCACCACAACAUCGCCUACCACUACAGCUACUGACAUAUUUACAACGCCCCCACCAAUCGUCAUAACAACGGACCGGUCAACGGAAGCCCCGUCGACACCACUUGUCACAGAGGCACAGUACGGUGACCUGACGAACGAUCUUGCAUGUGGCUUGACCAAAGGGUGCUAUGAACAAUGUACUGGAGACGUGUGUCGCUUUAUCGUGUCCUGGAAGGAUCAGGGGGAUGCUAUCGACUUCGAACUAAGAUCCAAAGGAGAGGCAUCCACCAAUAGGUGGAUGGCAGUCGGCUUCUCGAACGACGGCAAUAUGGGCACUGAUAGUGUGGUAGAAUGCUUAAUGGAGAAUGGAAUUCUGGAAGUCCAGCACUCGUACAACCAUGAUGACAAAACAAAUCAUGUAUUAGCCGAGCCAGGGGUUGGUCUAAGCAAUGUUGGAGGCCGUCUGGAAAAUGGUCUAUUCACAUGUCGCUUCACUAGGGUCAAGGUCGUACCAGGUCAUUCCACUAUAUUUGAUCUGAACAUGGACUAUCACAUCAUGUUUGCCGAGGGACGGGUAGAAAACGGGGAGAAGAACCGACAUAGUCUGGUGACCAUACCGUCUGUGUCUGGCGAGAGAGUCGACCUACAACAACAGAUCCUUGUUACAAGCGUGGCCUCGUACUUCCUGGUCAAAGUGCAUGGUUGUUUGAUGAUUUUCGCCUGGAUUUUCUGCGCCAGUAUAGGAAUCAUCACUGUCCGGUUCUACAAGAAGAUAUGGCCGGACAAAACCAUCUGUAGAGAACGUAUCUGGUAUCAGGUUCACCGUUUCUGUAUGGUCCUUGUGUUUUUGUGUGUGCUGGUGGCCGUCGUACUGAUCUUCGCGGAUAUCAAGGGGUUCAGCAAGAUCGAUGGGAAGACAUUCCACAAAGCACAUCCUGUCCUCGGAAUCCUUGUAACGCUGUUCACCAUAGCAAAUCCAAUAGUAGCGGUAUGCAGACCACUACCCGGGACCGUCAAGAGGAAGAUAUUUAACUGGAUCCAUUGGGGACUGGGAUCCUCUGUACACAUACUCGCAAUAAUAAACAUAUUUGCGGGAGUGGAGUUGAGCAAGUCCGGCGCCCCGCCCUACAUGAAGUAUGCGUUGCUGGGCUAUGUAGCCUAUUUAGUGAUAAUCUACCUGCUGUUGGAACUCCAUCAGUGCAUCGCUAACAAGUCAGAACACAAGAGAAAUCAGACAUAUCUUUAUGAAAUGCAUAGAAAGCCGUAUAACAACAACAGAGCAACGAACGUAGCCAUUGAUCUGGAGCCGCCGUACAGUCGAAUGAAGAAGGCCAUCAUGGGCUCCCAUAUCCUUAUCACCUUUGCCGUCACGCUUAUUUUCGUCAUCAUCAUUAUCAUCAGUUGA